AUGGCAGCUCUUGGUCUGUCUCCCACAUGUGCUAUGUCCAACCAGGAGCCUGCCUAUGUCCAUGAGUCAGAAAUUCCUCUUUCUUCAAAAGACCAUUCCUGUCCCCAGGAUGUGGAGCUGUUUGCAUACAAUGGCCUGGAGCCUCAUACAUCAACCAGUGUUGGUUCCCAGAAAUCAGUGACUUUCCAGGAUGUUGCCGUGGACUUCACUGAGAAGGAGUGGCCCUUGCUGGAUUCUUCUCAGAGAAAACUGUACAAAGAUGUGAUGCUGGAGAACUAUAGCAACCUUGCCUCAGUGGGGUGUCAGGUGAGCAAACCCAGCCUCAUCUCCCACUUGGAGCAAGAAGAGGAGCUGAGGACAGAGGAGCAGGAACUUCACCAAGGCCCUUGUCCCGAUUGGGAGACUCCAUCUAAAACCAAAUGGUCAAUUCUUAUGGAAGAUAUUUUUGGGAAGGAAACAUCUCAUGGUGUGACAAUGGAAAGCAGUCGGCUUGGAGAGAAAUCCAGUGAAUAUGCUAACCUGUUUGACGUCUUCAGCAUGGGUACUCAUCUUACUCAGCAAAUGGGAAGGCACACUAGCAAGAGGCCUUAUCACCGCCGGGACUGUGGGGUGACUUUCAAGAACAGAUCCCAUGUAAACCAACAUGUGAACAUUUACAAUGGGAGGAAAAUGCAUGAGUGUCAUCAGUGCCAAAAAGCCUUCACCACGAGUGCUUCCCUUACACGGCACAGGAGAAUACACACUGGGGAGAAACCCUAUGAGUGCAAUGCCUGUGGGAAAGCUUUCAAUGACCCCUCAGCUCUUAGGAGUCAUGCAAGAACUCACCUCACAGAGAAGCCCUUUGACUGCAGUCAGUGUGGAAAUGCAUUCCGAACCCUCUCCUCACUGAAGAUACACAUGAGAGUUCACACUGGGGAGAGACCUUACAAGUGUGAUGAAUGUGGGAAGGCAUAUGGCAGGAGCUGCCAUCUCAUUGCACACAGAAGAACACACACUGGAGAGAGACCCUAUGAAUGUCACGACUGUGGGAAAGCUUUCCAGCAUCCCUCACAUCUCAAAGAGCACGUCAGGAACCACACUGGAGAGAAACCCUACGAAUGCACGCAGUGUGGAAAAGCCUUCCGAUGGAAGUCCAACUUUAACUUGCACAAGAAGAACCACAUGGUAGAGAAAACAUACGAGUGUAAAGAGUGCGGGAAAUCCUUUGGGGACCUCCUCUCACGGAGAAAACACAUGAGAAUUCACAUUGUAAAGAAACCUGUUGAAUGUAGACAGUGUGGGAAAGCCUUCAGAAACCAGUCCAUCCUUAAGACACACAUGAAUUCCCACACUGGAGAGAAACCGUAUGGGUGCGAUCUCUGUGGGAAAGCCUUCAGUGCAAGUUCCAACCUAACUGCGCACAGAAAAAUACACACUCAAGAGAGGCGCUACGAGUGUGCCGCCUGCGGUAAGGUCUUUGGUGAUUAUUUAUCACGGAGGAGGCACAUGAGCAUCCAUCUCGUAAAGAAGCAUGUCGAAUGCAGACAGUGUGGGAGAGCCUUCAGAAACCAGUCGACCCUUAAGACACACAUGAGGAGUCACACAGGAGAGAAGCCUUACGAGUGUGAUCACUGUGGGAAAGCCUUUAGCAUCUGCUCGAACCUUAAUGUGCACCGGAGAAUACACACUGGGGAGAAGCCCUACGAGUGCCUGGUCUGCGGGAAAGCCUUCAGUGAUCACUCGUCCCUCAGGAGUCACGUGAAGACGCACCGGGGAGAGAAGCUCUUCACAUCAUCAGUGUGGAAAAGGCUUCAGUGA